UUGCUCAUGCCUCGGAAACACUUUCAUGUAUUAUAACUUGGUGAAAUUGCCCUGCUCGUGAAUAGCUCGUUAGAACAUUUCAGGACAAUUUCACGAAUAAGUAAAAGAUUUGGUGUAAAACGACAACAUUUGUCCGUGUUGUUCUGCUGCUCUUUUCGCGCCUUCUUGAUUUUUUUUGUUUACAAAGAGCGUUGUUAGUGUUAGCAUUAGCACCCGCUCUGCUGUACAAUGUCAACAGCAACAGAUACGCCAGCAGGGGGCGCAGAAGCCCCCGCGUCUCAACCCAACAAGAUGUUUAAGAACUGCUGGGGCUGUCGGAUCCUCUCGGGUGGUGGUUUGAUCCUGGCCGGAGCUUAUGUGUUCAUGGCGGCGCGGAGAGUGAUGAAACGAGGCGGACCGACCUCUAUGGGUACAGUGGCCCAGAUCACAUUUGCUGCAAGUUUGACUGCCUGGGGUAUGGUUGUCAUCACUGACCCAGUGGGAAAAUCGCACCCGAAAACAUGAGGACUGUUCUGGGAUGCUGGGCGCUUAAAAACAAGUUUAAAUGACUCUAACGGGGACUGAGAGUGUGGCCAGUCAUGUGACACAGGACUCCAAGUACUUAUAAUACAUCCAUGGUUUCACUGCCUGUGAAAUGCCCGAUAGUAAUACAGGCCAUGAGCCCCUUAAAUUAAAAUGGAAAGAUCAUAUAUUUGACGAAAAUGCUGUUUCAAAUGUCUGUCAUUGAACUCUUACACUUGAAUGUAUCAAUGUUGUAGACUAGGCCUACGCAGAACAAACGUCGAAUAAGAACUACUACCGGUGUUGUUGAAAUUCCAUGCAGAACAAUGAGCGAAUAGUGUUAAGCAAGAGAGAGAAAAAUAUGUGCAAAUUCCAAGAUCUCCGUCUCAAGAUCCCACGGACAAGCUUUGGUCCAGAUGCAGAGCGUGCUGCAAAUCAAUAAAAGUGGAUGCCAUGGGCUAAAUAGCUGACGCUAUUACAAGUUGCCCUCCCAUGAAUUGGAGGAAAUUGGUCCAGGAAAGUCUUUGAAAAGUCCUUGAAUUUGAUGCCAACCAAGGUGUGGGACCCUGUAGAGGUACAC